AUGGUUGAUCAGAUUCAAGAACAAAAUUACAUUAGUUCAGUCCAUCUUAUUGAAGAAUAUCCUCGCAUUAACUCUCAAAGUCAGGCAUUUCAACCGACUUGGUGUCCUUUGCACGACUUAUGUCAGCCAAGUUAUAUGCAUCAACAAACUCAAUAUUCGCAUUCGCACAACGCAUAUCAAAGAUCACUAAAUCACUCUCAAAAACACCGCAUUAAACAACGGAUCAACCAGCGUAAGCGUUCUCGACCUCGACAAAGUCCAAAUUCCAAUCGCUCUAAUAGAACAUCUGAUUCGGUAUCACAGGUACAGUUGUCUACCACUUACACACUACCAAUGGAUGUUCCGUUUAUGGUUGACUACUUACAAAAAACAAAUUAUCAUGAAAAUCCAACAUUUUUCUUACAUGAAAUUGGACACGAUUUGAAUGUUCAAUCGUUAUUUCAUCCGCAAAAUACAAAUAAUUUUAUGAUUAAUAACGAUAAUAAUGAUCAAUCUUUUUAUGAGAAUCAGCCUUUGCUUGAUUUGAAUUCAAUUUUUCCACCUGAUAUGUCAGGUCAUAACCAGAUUAGUAUGCCAUCAAAUAUUGACCUUUAUCUGAUGGAAAAUCAAUUUAAUCCUGCAACUACCUUGGAUUAUGUUCAGAACAAUGACUAUGUCGAUACUAUUCCUAUGAACAUUAACACCUCUUCAGAUUUCUUAUUAUAUCCACCCAACCAUGAUGUUUUUCCUGACGCACCAAUCACUGCCUCAUCGCAAAUCGCUUUACCUGAUUAUCAAUUAACACAUUUCCUUAAUAAAGCACCACUUACUAAUGAUGUGCAAUCUUUUAAUUAUGAAUCAUCUCAUUAG